UUCAAAUCGAGGACACCCGAUAACAUUAGAAAAAUUCAAAACAAAUAAAAGGAUUUGAGUGAUUAGAGAGUGUUUAACAGUAAAAAUGGAAGUGUUUGAUAGCGAAGAUGAUAAAGAAGUUCUUACAAAAGAAAUUGGACAGCCUUCCUUUGAUACAACCAGUCAAAACGUCAAUUUUAAAAUCAUGCAUGACAUUAUGAAGCUUGGAUGUUGCCAGAAAUCAUUAGUUGUGGCUGCAUACAGAACAUUUUUGGAUCUUUGUGAAACGAGAAAAUUUGAGGAAGUUACCUAUCAUUACAUUUCGGAACUGGAUGUUAUCUAUUUGAAAGUUCAGAAAAAGAAAGAUGAGACUGAUUUUGAAGUUGUUGUUCCAGUAUUGUCGUCAAAAAAAGUUAGCUUUAAGCAAAUUGAAGGACUUCAGGAGGCAUUUAAAUGCGCAUGUAUAACUUUAGCUAUUUGUGAUAUGAAUUCGUUAAUUAUGUACUACAAGAUAACAAAGCAUUAGGACUAGCUAUAUUAAAACAGAAAUAUAAUGUCAUUU